GUGCACGAGGGAGGAGUGUGUGUCGCUGUCUUCCGGAGCCUCUUUCUUGAGACCGGUGUCCCUCCCCCUGCAAAUUACGGCCCUCGCCUGCUUCGGGGAGACUGUUCAAGCGCCCUCUAGGAUUGGAACUAAGGAUGUGCUUUAUGAAUGUAGUUGUUAUUUAGCUCGCUCAUGGUGAUUGUGACGGAGAAUAACACAAUUUGUACAGUUGGAUAAGUAUCAGUUUGGCAUCGAAGUCUCCGGGUGAACGACUGUAAUACACAUACAUACACGGAUAUUAUUAAGGUGGCAGAUCGGGCGCUUGGUGACGUCAUCAUGACCCGCUACAUAUUUCUCCUCUCAACCUUAGCGGCGGUGACUACCGCGCAGAACUACCUGUCGGACUUCGCCCUGGAGCGGCCGGCGAACCUCCCGUCCAUCAGACAACUGGAGGUGAUGUGCGGCAAGGACCACCUCACCGUCCAGCUCGCCUUCAGCGCGCCCUUCCAGGGCCUGGUGUUCUCCAAGGGCCAGUACGGGAACGGCGACUGCAUGUACGUGGGGCCGCGCGACGGAGGCGUCAACUACGAGUUCCAGAUCUACUACGACGGCUGCGGCACCAAGCCCGACAUGGGGGGCAAGUUCUACGAGAAUACCAUCAUCGUGCAGUACGAUUCCGACUUGAUCGAGGUCUGGGACGAGGCGAAGCGACUGCGGUGCGAGUGGUAUAACGACUACGAGAAGACCGCCAGCAAGCCGCCCAUGGUCAUCGCCGAUCUGGAAGUCGUCGAGCUCAACUUCAGAGGUGACAACGUGGACUGCUGGAUGGAGAUUCAGGACGGCAAGGGACCCUGGGCGUCCCCUGUGACCGGCAUCGUUCCCCUGGGCUCCACACUCACUAUGGUCGUCGCCAUCAAUGACCAGGCUGGCGAAUUCGACAUGCGCGUGAAGUCGUGCGAGGCCUCCGACGGCACCAACGCGCCCAUCUACCUGAGCGACGAGCACGGCUGCGUCCUCCGCCCCAAGAUGAUCUCCAAGUUCAUGAAGCUUCGGAACAACGACGGCCGCGCCACCGUGCUCACCUACGCCCACUUCCACGCCUUCAAGUUCCCGGACUCGAUGGCCGUCCACAUCCGCUGCAAGGUGGAGAUCUGUCGCUUCGGCUGCCCCGACCACUGCCAGAAGCCGACCGCAGGCAAUCCCAUCGGCGACUACAGCCAACAGCAACCGCAAUUCCAGCAACAGCAGUUCCAGCAACAGCCGCAGUUCCAGCAACAGCCGCAGUUCCAGCAACAGCCGCAGUUCCAGCAGCAGCCUCUAGUUCAGCAGCCGCCCCUCGACGCUUACGCGGCUCCUGCCGAGACAGCGCCACAGUACGAGGCUCCGCCAAAUAAUGUUGGGCCCUCGAACUUUGGCGAGAAGAGCGAGAGACUGCCGUUCUACAUUGCGAGCCAAGGAUCUGCGGUCAACCCCAGAAAAGCGCGUCCCGGUAGCCAGAAUAACCCCAUGAUCAACAAGAACAGCCCAUACUACAAGGGCCCCCUGAUCAUCCCGGACGAGCAGUCGGCGCAGGAGUACCUUAACGGCUCGCCCCUCAAUGGCAGCGAAACUAUCGAACUGCCGAACGCCGGGGACUUCCCAUGGGGCCCGAGGAACCUCCGCCGCCGUCGUCGCGACCUCGUUCUCGAUCGCCACCAACGCUCCCCCGAUAUCGGCGUCACUACCGACUACCAGGUGAUCUCCGAGGCCGACCUGGAGUUCACACCCGCCAGGGAAGAAGGCGUUACGGUCUUCAAGGGGCACCGCGAAGAUGUGGUGUACGGCGUGUGCUUACCGGCGCCCGGUUUCUCCGCUCUGUUUGUACUGCUAGCAAUGUGCACGGUGAUUUCGGUGCUGGUGGCCGGCUUCAUGUGCCACCACAGGCAGAUGCAGAAAGACACCAGCGAGUCUCCUGCCGCCCCCCACACCCACCAGCAGGCUGCUGCUGUCUUCAGCAUGGCGCAGUUCCUACGAGGUCACUUACCUGGUUAUGCACAAUGAUCAAGAACACACGUGUGGAGAUAGAAUCUUCAUGAAAUCCGUUAGAGUGCAGAGACAUUAUGGUGCCACAGACCUAUCACUUAUAGUAGUGCGUCGCAAAGAGACAGUAAACUUUGCGGCACCUCUGACAGCAUAAGGGAAAUGUAUGUGAAGUUAUCAUCCUUGAAUUGAUCUUGAUAUUAAUGUAAAGCUAAAGUUAGUGUACCUUUUAGUUCUGGGACUGUACUAUGCUUUCCUCCAUAUGAUCCUGAUAGUGUAUUGUCUAUACCACAAAAAAUGUAAGCAUUUGGAUGGCGCAUACAUGCACCUUAUUGCUUUGUGAUUGUCAUGAUUCUGUAAAUAGCUUCUAUUUAACAUUACAAGCUAUCUGGACUGGAUGGGGCUUCCUUUAAGAAAAUGUUACGAUCUUCAAUUCGUAAGUUCAGUUACUUGCCAAAUUGUUUUCCAAAACGGAGAUCCCAUCCAGUUCUGUUAAUUGCUGGACAGAAAAGCCGUGCGGACUGUUGUUGCACUUUGGUCCAGGUUGGAUGAGGCGGCCAGGCUUUCCUUCGCCGCCUCUGUGUCCCCCGGCUCGGCGUGGUCCACUUGGCAAGGCCGUACUGGUGCAGCUCUCUGGGAGUGGCCCUGUCAAUACCUUACCAUUGUGGUCCCGCCGGUGCGGGCGAGGGUUCAGGAAAGGUUCUUUGGGAACUUGCUCACGUGGUUUUCCUUGUAGGUAUCUACAACUGUUCGCAUGGCCUUCCCCACGUGGGGCACCCUGUGAACACCCACCUUCCUCUUUCAGUGUCCACCUCCGCUUGUAUCCUGUAUGAGGCUAAUUUAAAUGUGUUAAAUUUAUGCUAAGUUCACAUUUCUGGUGGGACGUGUAGAUACGACCUGUUGCGUAUUUGAUAUGCAAGAUGGUUUUAACUUAUUUAUUUAUUUAUUUAUUUAAACAUGAACUUUCCUCAAAACAGUUCAUGGUAAAUUAAUACCGAUAAAUUAAGUCGUAAAUAUUUAUCAAUAUUAUAGUGUAAAUGGUU